GAAGAGUCCAUUUCUGUAACUAGGUCAACUCUACACACACCUUCACUCCGGCAUUCGAUGCAACUGAAAAAGGACGUGUGUGCUAUGUACUAACCUAAGGUUAUUACGGCUGAGCGCUGGCUGCUUGUCGAGCCGGCAGACACCGCUUCGAAACUGAAGUGUGUGAGGUUUUCUCCCAUCCAAAGUCGGGAAAACAGGGAUGGAAAUGCUCAGGUUACUAACUCAAAAACUAAGAUCUCAAUCUCUAAACGAAGUCCAGCCAUUCCAGCCUCAGGAUGAAGAUGAUCAUGAUUCUGGGACUGAAUCAGAUACAGAAAUUAACGAGCUGGAAGAAAUAGCACAAAAUAUGGAAAACAGCCUUCUUUCAAGCAGCAGCUCUAUCUUUGGCAAUGGAAGGGUAGGGCCUCAUCCGUUCCAGUUCAGCUUCACUUCUUCACAUCUCCCAGCCAGGGAGCUCACUCAAUCCCCUCUAUCCAGUAACUGUGAACGAAGGAUGACCAAUCACACUCCACAUAGCCUGUCUAGUUCAUCAGAAUUUGAGCACAAUAGCUCGGAAGAAGAACUGUCUGUAAUAAACAAUCGGGAGUCGCAUUCUAAAAGGAAAUGGUCCCAAGUGCGCAGGCACAGCUUUGGCGACAGCUCAGGGUCUUCAGAUGAUGAAGUGAAGGAUCUUUUCUCCAAGCCACAGCCCCUGAUCUUCAGCUCUUCCCCUCCGAAGGGUGUGACGCGAUUGACUCGCUCGCCGCCUCCAAAACUCUUCUUAGCCAACAUGACACCAGUACAGCUGUAUACCUCUCCAAGGAAGCGCCACCGCUACACCUCCUCUAACACCUCCGAGUACUGUGAUUCCAAAGAGUCUGUGAUACAAAGGCGGCCAAGUUUAGACUUUGAAAAAAUGCAGCAGAAACCCCUGAUGCGAAAGCACUGUGCACAUGGCCUAGGAAGGGCAAGGAUUGUCAAAAUACGGACCAUCAGUGGAAAUAGAUCUCCAAAGUUCAACUUGUAUGAUCCAGCCAUAUUCGACUUUCGCUCGAUCAGCACUGUGUACAAUCCUUUGACUCCAGUAGAGGAACCAUCGGCGUGCGCGUUUUAACUUGGGUCACCACGAGGCUGCACUUAGGCAGCCAUUUCAUUAACAAUAAACAACCAGUAACAGCAAAACUGCCAUCAUCAUUAUUUUAACAUGUUUCAACAGUGGAUGAACAAAGGAACAAUGACUGAUGAGUCAAGCUGGCAAAUGCUUGCAUGUGCAGGGUUGUAAAAGACUAAAAAGUCCAAAGACAAAAAAAGGAAAACUUUGAGUGAGCAAGAUUGAUUUCCAGGAAACUGCUAUUAUAUAGUUUCUUGAAAAUGCAAAGAUACCUUUGGUGGCUGUGGAGAGGUUUAAUCUAUUAUAUCUGGUGCAUUACUAACAUUUCCAAACCAAAGGUUCUUUUGACUGCCUUAGCCAUGAAAAAGAUAUACAGGAUUUGUAUGUGUGGUACAUGCAGUAGUUUAGAGGACAAGUGUAAAUGUAAAUAUUCCUCAGAUUUCAAAAAAAAAGAGAGAGAGAGAGAGAGAGCAAAAUAAUACAGGAUGAGUAUGUUAGUGAAUGGGUGAUAGUUUGAAAGAUAAGGAGUUGUAUGGAUGGCAACAAAUUUCUGAAGAAUGUUUUUGUUUGUUUUUUCAUCAGUCAACAGAAGAGUUUUUUAUGUGUGUAAGGGGAAAGCAUAGGCCAGUGCAUAUGCUUAGAAAACAGUGAAAUCUCAGGAGACAUUAGCAACAUAUAUGAAUGUUUUGCAUUAUCUUUGAUAUAUUAACCAUUGAUGAAGACUAUUAUCAUGUAAUUUUUUUUAAUUUAAGAGUGUCAAAUGAUAUUGUGUCUGACAGAGAAACAUAAACUACCCACAGUUGUAUUUUCCAUGGGUAGAGGAUAAACAUUUGCAAGAAAUGGCCAUAAAAUUGUAUUUUUAUUUAUUUUAUUAAUUUUUUUAAUCCGUUAAAGUAUUCAAACUUAAUGGAUGUAGGAAUUUCUAGUGAUCUCUGUUUAAAGUGUAUGACAGUAAUAAAACACCAUUUUAUACUAAAAACUGAUUGUUCAAUACAACACAUAUUGUGUUAGCUGAUGGUAAAGUAACAAGACAGUUUUAAUAUUUGCACAUGUACCAUCUAUUGCACUUCAUAAACAAUUUUGUUUCUUACGUAAGUAAUAUUUUAGUGCUGGAAGGAAUGAAUAUGUCUACCAGCAUAUAUAUAUAUGGUUUGAUUCUGACCUGAAAAUGUAAAUUGCCAAGAAGAUGCUUUCAACCCCUACCUCUUCCAAAAACAUAACAUUUCAAACUUUUCAUCUAAAGAAAGAUAUUGCUUUUAUUAUAUACCUGAAGCACCUUACAAUGCACAUAAUUAAGAAGACCGGUUCUUCACUUCUGUUGAUAAGAGAUGCACUGAUGUAUCCAGCAGUUAAGUUCUUUUAUCAGUCCUAUUUGUGAUUUUCUCAAUGCAUCAUAUCAGUGCUUGCAUGUAAAAGUGUGUGACUCAGUAGACAAUCAUUAAUUGACCUUUAUGCACCCCGAAGAUAUUUGCAGAUUCCCAGAAUGCAAUAUAUUUUCGAGAAGGGUAGAAGUGGCAUCAUGAAUAGUUAAGGAUGUGACAAGUAUUAUUAUUGUUAUUAUUAUUAUUAUUAUUUAGAGAACAUGGAUUUAGAUUUAUUUAUUACAAACAUUGAGCUCCAAAAAAACUGUCAUGUCAAAGUUCUGAUGAAACUGGGUAAUUGGAGUUUUCACUGCUAGAAAAACAGAUUUCAUAUCUUUCCUUAUUUUAGUUAAUGGAGCUCUGGAGCUCAUAUGUUAUUAGUAUAAUGCUAUCCAAUUAAAGUAUGCCACAUGGAUUUCACAUUGCCACAUGGAUCUAUUUCUGUUAUGUCAUUCCUGCAUUUCACUGAAAUUUAUUAUUAUGAAGGUAAAAAUAAAUGAAAGAAACUAAA